AUGGCCGGCGCCGACCACCACCACCGCGCGUCGGAGCUUCUGCAACUCGUCCACGACGUCGUCGGCGCCGAUAAGUCCUCCGCCGCCGGAGUGUUCAGGAAGGAAUGCACCGAUCUGGUGCGGCGGAUCGCGCUGCUGACGCAUUUGUUCGAGGAGAUUAGGGACUUCAAAGGCCGCGAGUUUCUAAAUGCUUCCACUUCUUCCGGCUCGUCGGAGCCUUGGGUUUCCGAUCUGGUCACGGCUCUUCUGGCCGCGAAGCGGCUAGUAGUCAACUCCAGCUGCGCCGCUCCUGUGCUCGCAGAGGAAGCAAAGAAGAAGAUAAGCUUCCAUUUCCAAUGCGCCACCUGGAAAUUGGAGAAGGCGCUGGGUGGAAUACCGUAUGAUCAGUUCGAAAUCUCAGAGGAAGUUGAAGAACAGGUUGCAUUGGUUAGAUCACAAUUGAGAAGAGCGAUUGAAAGAUAUGGGUCGUUGGUUACGAGGAAAAUGUCAUUCCAUUGCCUCCCUCAGUCUCUGGUAGAGUCUGGCAAAUGGGUGCAUGUCGUGGAGGAUAAUAGUAGUUCAAAGAUGACGAACAGUCUUCCCAAGAGCUUUAGUGCUGAUGAUCUGGUUCAUAAAUUGCAAAGGAUGAGUAAUUUUCGUGUGGCAGAGUUGCCCUCACUCUGCUCGACAAAUGGAACUCAUGUUGUUGGUGACGAAGAUAUGAACAAGAAGCCUGACGCGACUGUCAUCCCUGCUGAUUUUAUAUGCCCAAUAUCUCUGGAACUCAUGAGAGAUCCUGUUAUUGUGGCCACUGGUCAGACGUACGAGAGAUCUUACAUACAGAGAUGGAUAGACUGCGGAAAUACAACCUGUCCGAAAACUCAGCAGAAGCUUCAAAACUUGACAUUAACUCCAAACUAUGUCUUGAGAAGUCUAGUUGCUCAGUGGUGUAUUGACAACAACAUUGAGCAGCCAACGGGAUUAACAAACGGUAAACUCAAGAAGAGCGAUGGAUCCUUUCGUGACAUUAGUGGGGACAUAGCGACCAUUCGAGCUCUGGUAAGCAAGCUUGCAGGUCGAUCAAUUGAGGAGCGGAGAGCAGCUGCAUCAGAGAUUAGGUCACUGUCCAAAAGAAGUACUGAUAACCGAAUACUUAUUGCAGAAGCGGGUGCUAUUCCAGUACUGGUCAAUCUCUUAACAGUAGACGAUGGCUUAACACAAGAGAAUGCAGUAACGUCCAUUCUCAACCUCUCUAUAUAUGAAAACAACAAGGGGCUCAUAAUGCUUGCUGGUGCUGUUCCUUCUAUUGUCCAAGUCCUAAGAUCUGGAAGCAUGGAGGCGCGAGAGAACGCAGCAGCGACCAUUUUUAGUCUGUCGCUUGCUGAUGAGAACAAAAUAAUUAUAGGUGCAUCAGGAGCAAUUCAAGCUCUGGUGGAAUUGCUUCAAAAUGGGAGCACAAGAGGGAAGAAGGAUGCCGCAACAGCGCUGUUCAAUUUGUGUAUUUAUCAGGGCAACAAGGGCAGGGCUCUCAGAGCGGGGAUAAUUACAGCUUUACUAAAGAUGCUAACUGAUUCAAGCAAUUGCAUGGUUGAUGAAGCACUGACCAUUAUGUCAGUUCUUGCUAACCAUCAAGAGGCAAAAGUUACUAUAGUAAAGGCCGGCACAAUACCUGUUUUGAUAGACCUUUUGCGGACAGGUCUGCCUAGAAAUAAAGAGAAUGCAUCUGCCAUAUUGCUCGCAUUGUGCAAGAGAGAGACCGAGAACCUUGCCUGCCUAAGUAGGCUUGGUGCAGUCAUACCAUUGACAGAGCUCACCAAGAGCGGAACAGAGAGGGCCAAAAGGAAGGCUAGUUCAUUGCUGGAGCAUCUUCGGAAAUUGCAGCAUGUGUAACAACAGGCCUACACGGGUAACGCCAUUGAUUUCCAAAUUGUUAAUCAAUAUCCCUCCAAAUUUUUUUGUUUCUUUCUCAAUGUAUGUUCCACUGUUCCUUUUUUUGUGGUGUGAAACUGAGAAUACGAGAUUGAGAUGAUCAAGUCAAUCGAUCUCAAUGCAUUGUAUAUUCAUUUUCUUCCUUGUUCAAGAGUGCAAAGUGCUGAUUUAAUACAUUGUUCUGCUGUAACAUUCUUUUCCUUCACUCACAAGAC